AGAACCAGGGCUGCCAUCAGUUGCUGCAACUGCCCCGCACAGAGGGGUCUGUGAAUGGAGGAGGAAGCAGGCAUCAAGCGGGUUACCUAAUCGAAGGCAGGAAAACAACAGCCUUUUCCAGUGGAGGAUUAACUCCUUACGUACACAGUCAUUUCCCUUCCUCCUGCUCAAACUUGUCUUUCGGAGAUGGGUGUUCCAUCGGUGAUGGUGCUGCCACUGUUGGUGGUAGUGAUGGCUGGGAUCUAUUAUGUGUACAAUGAGGUCAUCCGGUUCAUGUCCAAGUCUGUGGUGCGGAACAAAGUGCUCGUGAUAACAGAUGCUGUGUCAGGGAUGGGAAGCGAAUGUGCCAGAAUUCUCCAUAAAGGUGGGGCAAGGCUGGUCCUAUGUGGGCCAAGCUGGGAUAAGCUGGAGUCUCUGUAUGAUUCCCUGUGUAAUGGUGCAGACCCCACUGAGACCUUCACGCCCAAACUGGUGCUGCUGGACUUCAGCGAUAUGGACAGCAUGGAAGACGUGGCUGCCGAGGUGGUGGAGUGCUAUGGCUGCGUGGACGUCCUGAUCUUCAACAGCAGCAUGAAGAUCAAAGCCCCCGCUCAGAACCUGUCCCUGGAGAUGGACAGGAACAUCAUGGACAUGAACUACUUUGGACCCAUUACUCUGGCAAAAGGUGUGCUGCCAUCGAUGCUCUCGAGAAGGACGGGCCACUUCCUCUUGGUGAACAGCAUUCAAGGCAGAAUGGCGGUUCCAUUCCGCACGUCCUAUGCUGCCUCCAAGCACGCCGUCCAGGCCUUCUUCGACUGCCUACGGGCGGAGGUGGAGGAGUUAGGCAUAUCCGUCAGCACCAUCAGUCACACCUUCAUCAAAAUUGCACCCUCCUCUUCCUCGCCCUCACCCUCUCCAGCCUCCUCCUCCUCCUCCUCCAAGAUUUCCAAUUCCCUGCUGGCCUACAUUUUCAGAAAGCUAAAUCAUGGCGUGACCCCUGAGCACCUGGCCAAUGAGAUCGUGCAGACGGUGAACUGGAAGCGAAGGGAGACGCUGCUGGCCCACCCCAUCCCUCAGCUGGCCCUCUACAUUCGCUGCCUCCUCCCCAGCGCCUUCUUCUCCGUGGUUGCCGCCGGAGUGAAGGAUGGAACCAUGGCAGAACAACUGAUGAAGUAAUGAAGUGAUAGAAUGGGUAAAGAACAAGCAAAAGUCAUGUAGCAGAGUACUAAAUAGUAGACAGCAGUUGAGGGAAAUACGCGAAUAAAAAAAUGAACAAAUCUCAUUGGUUUAUGUUCUUCUACUUAUAACUGGGGAAUAUUUGCUGUAUUUUCUAUAUGCACAGGCUAAAGGUUACCAAAAACAACCCAUGACACAUUACAUAUUUUAACAGACACUGUGCUAGACUAUCACUGAUACCUAGCACUAAACUGAAAAGUAGAAUGAAGGUUAAUUUAUUUCGUUUUAUACCGAAGUCCUUAUAAUGUCUGUGUUUAAAACUGAGCUCUGCUGUGUACUUGAUUUGUGUCGAUGUCCUGUAGAUGGCGCCAGAUUCUUUCUUAUGGCUGUUGACGAACUUGCUGAAUCACUGCUCACAGUUUAUGUAGAUAUAUAAAACAGUAUCGUAAUGCUCUGAUAAUCAGCCUGGCUAUCUGUGAUCAAAAUGCUUUCCUCGAAGUUAAUUAAUGUUGAACUAUUUGGUGCCUCGUGACAUAAAAUAUUUCUUAAGUGACCAUUAAUAAGUGUAAUGUGCCGUGGAUUUAUAAAUAAAAUACAGUGCUUUAAGGGAUGUUGUUCUGUUCCAAAAGGAAUGGGAUUAAAAUGCUUUUGCCUAUGA